GCGGUCACACUGUCCACCAUGUAUCUGUGAAAUAAACAAAAGGCACUGCAAAAAAUGAAGUAAUUAACGAUGUAGUGCUGUUGUUUUUGAGCCACGAGUGAAUUUGUUUAAAGCGGGGGCAACAUGGAGAGAUUUGCAUUUAAGAUCGAUGCAGCGCUCAAAGCGAAUCUGUACAAGAUCUGCCGUCUCUGCGGCAUCGAUAAUCCAAGCAAGGUGCAAAUUCUGCCGCCCAAUGAGGCCAAUAUUAUAGACCUGGACGAUCCGAGUUUAUCCCAAAAGGUGUUGGAGCUGAUUGGCUUUACGGUGACAGUCGAUGACAAAAUGCCGCAGACAAUGUGCAGCAUUUGCGUGGACAAAAUCAAUGAUUUUUACGAGUUUAGGGAAAUGUGCUAUGCCACGAACAAGCAGACGCGCAACCUGCUGGGCCUGCCGCAGCUGGAACCCCUAAAGCUCAUGUGCAGCCAGCCCAUGGUUAAGGCAGAGCCGCAGGUGCCUGGGAAGCGAGGACGAAAACGCAAGACGGAUGAGAGCUUUCUGAAAGCCAAGAUCCCCGAAAUGCCAGAAGUAAAAAAGGAGCCCUUGGCCUGGCGCAAGAAGCAGCGACUGCAGCAGGCGCAGACUCAGCAGUAUCAGCAGCUGCUGGUUACCAAAACAGAGCCAGAAAUCAAGGACGAGCCCAUGGAUCCUGAAAAUCGUCUCCGACUGCCAGGGAAAAAGGGCCGCAAGGCGAUAUGCAGUGUGUGCGGGGAAAAGUUCGCCAGCAAGGAGAUGGCCGAUGAGCAUAAGAGCGCAGUGCACGUACCCUCGAUACCGCGCUACAUUUGCAACGCCUGCAAUCAGACGCAUCACAACCCGACCGACAUUCGGGCCCAUCAAAUCUGGCACAAGCUGUCCAAGACGCCGUACAAGUGCCCGCUGUGCGACUCGUAUGUGGCCAACAACUACGCCUUUACACGUCACCUGCGGGAGCACACGCCACAGACACCUGUUCAGCUGCUUGUGCUCGAUCGCGAGUGUCCACUCUGCAAGAAAACGUUCAUCACAAACUUCUUCUACAAUACCCAUCGUUGUGCCAUACGCAAACGAAAGUGUGGCGGCUGCAAUCGAACCCUCAACACGGAGGUGGCCUUCCUGCGGCAUGCUCCCGUCUGCUCAAAGAUCUACCUUAGCCACUCGAAGCACAUUAUGCCAGAGGAAGCCAACACCGAAUCACAGAUGUGCAUUAAAAACGAGGUAGAGGAGGUGGAUAGCUCUGGUGUCCCUACCUCUGCCAUACCGCCUGACUUUUUCAUUAACGAGGACAUGCAGCCGGUUGUGGUGCUCGAGCGCCUGGCUUCGCCUCUCCUGCGAGCCUUUUCUGCAGAGCCGCAAAAUGCUUUGGGGGCCAGCAGGAGUAAAAGUAGCGAGCGAGUUUCUUCGAAAAAUUAUUUGAAGCGCGUCGACCAGCUGCUGAAGAACACAAUGAGCACCUUGGUGAGCAUCAAGCACGAGCCAGAGGUGCACAUAAAUGAUACGAUGCAGACAGCCACCAUGCAACCGGAAAGCGAACUGGAGGAGGAAGAACCUCCCAGCUUCAGCGAUUUCCAUGCAGCCAACGAUGAGAGCGAUGAGGAGGAAGCGGAAGCUGCGACGAUGGCUGCCAGCAUAGACGACAAUGUGCCCAGUGUAUCGGUGAAGCAGGAACCUCGCGAUGAUGCCUACGAAAACCAGUCGCAGGUUAAACAGGAGCCACUGAAGCUAAAGCUGAAAAUUACCAACAAUCAUGGCAAGCUGAACUCCUCGCUGAUCGAUGACCUAGACGAGGCGGGGCUUAGCAAGAGCAACAAGAAAAAAAAGAAGCGCAAGCACAAGGAGCGGGAAAAGGAAGCCGAGAGCCAACCAACAGCUCAGGAUCCCCCCAUGGUUAGCAUUAAACAGGAACGCAUAGACACCGACGAUGUGCACGAUGGAAAUCAGAGAACAGAUUUCCAGCCACAGGCCACUGUGAUGACUAGCAUACCGAUGGCCCAUCUGGAGAGCAGCUUCACAACGGAACAGGACGAGGCAAUGCCGCAAUGCCCGGAGCCCGAGAAAGAUGUUAAGCCUAAUCGCAUGGAGCUGGAUCGCCUCAUGCAAAUCACGCAUGUCGCCAGCGGUGUGGACAUUGCCGAGGAAGCCAUGCCCCUCGACAAGGCCGUUGAAGCUACGCCCGAUGAGCCACUGCCAUCUGAUGAGUCAUUCAUUAUGCCACCAAAGACAAAAUCAGCCAAGCCAACUGCCCGUAAGAGUACUGGUGGAGCCACACGCAGGCCGCCUUCAGCAGAAGAAGCUUCGCCUCGGGAGACGACAGCACCCUUGCUGCAGAUUGUGGCCGUGGAAAGUGGAGAGGCUGUAUCUUUCAAGAUGCCAGCCGAAAUUCGCAUUAAGCCAGAGCCUCGUAAUCGCGGCUAUGCUGACGAUGAGCGCCAAGACGAGCCCACACAGGAGAUCAAUCACAAUGAGAAGAUCGACGAGGAGAAUGCCUACAUCAAUAGCCUGGACUUUAACAAUAUGAUCGUGAAGCAGGAGAAGGACCUGGACAUUUCCGAUCCGACUGGAAAUGGCUCCGAUCCGGAGGCCAUGCACCAGAGUCACAACGGUUUGGAAAGGGGCAGCGAGAGUGAGGACUCUGACGGCGAGGACAGUGCCUCUGAAGCCGAUGAAGCCGAGGAAGCUAUGGAGGAGGAUAAGGGCGAACGUAUCUAUCGCGAGAUUGAAUUGCCAUUACUAGAGCCAGAAAAAGAAGGAGAAGCAGACCAACAGCAGAGUGAAAAGAAAUCGGAAGAGUCCAAACAGGUGCAGGAGGCACAGUCGGAGAAUCUGGAGCUAGAGAUGCCAAUGGAAACUCCAGUAGUAGUUGGAGGGGUAGAACAGCCAGCUGUGGAAGAGACCAUAAAGGUGCAGCAGCCACCGUUGGAGAAUCUGGAGCCAAUGGAAACUGCAGUGGUUGAUGGUGGGGUAGCACAGCCCGCUGUGGAGUUGGUGCAGUCACAGGAAACUCCCACAGCAAACGCUCCAGAGAUGCUUCCGCAAUUGUCAACACUUCAAGUGUUGGGAGAGUUGGAUUCGUUGCUGGGAGAUUCCGGACUGAUUGGAGAGGUAGAGCCGCCGCAGGAAGCUUCCGAAGAUGUGGAGGAAAUAGAGCCGCCGCUAAACACUCUCGACGUUGUUGAGGAGAUACAACAGGCAUUGGAAAAUCUAGAAGCUGUUGGAGAUGUAGAACCACUACUGGAAACUCCAGAGGGGCUUGGGCAGACAGAGCCGCCACUAGAUACUCCAAACAUAUUAAGUGCACAGGAGACAGUAAAUGCUUUUGAUUUUGUAAUAACUGACAUCUGCAGCCAAGCAGCAGAGAUUCCAGAAUUUGCUUAUGUUCAGAGUCAAAACCUACCAAACAUAAGCUCUCCCCCGCCGAAUCCAGAGCCGCUGGACAAAACGGACACUGAGCGCGAAAGCAGCGAUUGCCAAGCGGACAUCCUUCUAGAGAUUAUCGUCAAUGCACCCAAAGACAAUGAAACUCAGGCCUUGCCAUUUAAUUUUGAGGAAAGCACCGCCAUCUGUGACGAGGAGCAGCAGAAUGUGCUCAACCAUGAGCUCUCCGAACAGCAAGCACCACUCGAUGGGAAUGUGGAGCAGUCGGCAGAAGCCGAGGAGAAGAUUUUGGCAGUGGAAGAGGAACUGUGCCCACUACUCGAGGAGCAGGAGGAGGAGCUGCCUGGGCCGUCGGCAAGGCCAAACGAAGAGACUGAGAAUCGCAUCAAUGAGCAGCAGCAGGAGAUGGAUCUAGAGGGACAACGUCAGCCCCGCUGCCAGCUAGAUGAUGACUCGAACAUCAACGAAAUUGCCGAGAACAACAAUAAUGCCAACAUUGAGCGUGAACUGCAGGACGAUGCGAAUGUGCCUCAGGAAAACGUUAGUCCUUAGACUUUACCUUCAACACUACAUUUAUUGAAUUGUUUGCUCUCAAGCCAUCACAUCAUCUCGCUUGCACUCCCAAGAAGCUGUACAUAUAAAUAAUAUCCCAUUGGAUGUUAUAGGGGGAUACGUUUAUACACACAUACGCAAUAGUUUUUAGACUACCGGAAGGUCGAAUUCACUUUAUAAGCAUAAUUAUUAUAAUGAUGUUAACGUUUAAGUUAGAGAUACAACAAUUUAUGAUAUAAAAGAAAAGCUUAUAAUAGUAGUAGAUAUGUAUUCCAAUACAAUACAUAAAGUGCACAUGAAUUCGCUUUUAUUUUAAGAUUUUGAGAAAUUAUUGUAUUGAAUCAUAAUUUGUACUGGGGAAUCCUCAUACUACUCUAAACGCUUCAUGACCUACAAUAUCCGAUUCCCUGGAGUCCCCCAAAGCACAGUUGAUUUUAAUGACAUUUUGUUUAUGUUAUCGACACAUUUUCUAUUUAUAAAAUAAAAUUGUACAUGUUCGUUUCUUCUAGAUCACAUAUCCCAAAUGAAUGUAGUUUCAAUCAUACUGGAACCCUACCAGUACAUUUCACCAAUUCGAUAAACAUUGCAGAAAAGCUAUUGUAGUUUACAUAUGUAUAUUUAUGUAUCAAGAAUUAUUUAUAUACCAUCACAUUUGCCUUGGAAUCCUUGGAAUUCGGAAAUUAUUCAGUUUUACACUGGCCCCUAGACGGCCAACAUCACAAAGUUCAGCCUCUCUCGAUUUUCCCUGAGUUCUUAAACAAACUCAUGAUUAAUCGAGGUCCAUCAUUGCCGCAACAUAAUAUCGAACAUAAACUGAAUAUUCGCUUUGGAGAGUUGGAACUGAAGUACUGAGACUGAAUAUAUAUCAUGAGCAAGAUUAAGAAAAUGCUGUCAGGGUUUUUAAUUGUCUUCAACGGAAAUGUAAUGGCCAUAAUUUCCAAAAUAAGAGGAAUCAGCAGUGUUGAAAAUGCACAAGUAGAAGUUCCUUCUCCGGAAGAGCUCUCAGUCAGCCAACAAAUAAAUCAUCAAAGUCCAGAUAAUGAGGAUAGUAUCAGUGAUAGUGAGAGAAGCGAGGGAAGUAUCGGUGAUAGGGAAAGUCGCGAGGACAAUAAUGGGGAUGCGGAGAUGCUGGACGCGGAGUUAACUGAGGAGGAGUCAAUCGCGGAAGAGCAGACAUUAGAUACCCUUCCCGGAACUCGAGGAAGAAAACGCAAAGCGGAAGAAUAUUUGAACCAGCGCACAGACAAGAAACCGAAGACGGAAGAUUAGAGAAACCGCAGGACAAAAUAAAUAGUGUUCAAGCAUAGAUGCACUUGCACUUCCUCCAAGGGCAGGAGCUGUUAUGGCUCGACAACUCUUGCUCUUGGUAACUUAAUCCAUUGGGUUAUUCUUUCCGCAUUAUAGUUUUCUUGGGAGUUUUCUUACGCUCGGAUAUAGUUGCAGUGGAAACAAAUGUACCACGGAUGGAGCAAUGAGAAGACCCAUUACAAGAAAAUAAGAAAUAAACGUGAAUUUUCUGUUAGAUGUACACAACUUUAUUACAUAAAUUAAUGGCUUAUAUAUUAGUA